AUGGAGGCCAAGUAUCAAGCACUAAGCGUUGAAGAACUAAAUGCUGAAUUAGCACUUGUUCAGUCACUUCUCCCAAGCGGAGAUGCAGAUAAGAGAGCUGUUUUCCACCAAACCUUCCAACUCAAUGACAAAAACAAGGAUGAUCACAUCACCCCAGGCGAUGAAUUCGUAGGACUUGUAGACAAGCUCUUCGAUAGAUUCGGUGUUGAAAAAACUGAGGAAAAUUACGCAAAAUACUUUGCUGACAUCGAUGCCGAUUCAGACGGAAAGAUCACACUUAAUGAAUUCGUUGAGUACAUCGACAAGACUGCUCUCGCCUACGUUAUUCCAGCUCUUGAGGCUGAAAUUGCCAAGAGACAAUGA